CUUCUGGCUUCUCUGAAGCUCUGGAGCAGCGUGGACGUGUUUUCAAAUGAAAACUUAUCAUAGUGUGGAUCUAGCCUCAGACCGGACGCUCUAUGUUUCUGCUCUGGAUUCUUCUCGCUCCUCUCAAUGACGACUUCCUCACACCGACUGACCACAGACACAUACCAGUAGAAAAGGGGGCGGGGUCUACACUCUCUCCACAGUGUACGCUCACGGCAUGUUAGGUGUUCUCUCCCCCCCCCCCCUCUGGAAAUGGACACUGCUUGUGUAUUUAUAGACCCUGAGCACAAGCGAGCUCUCUUUCUUAAACACAAGUAAGGAGCUGGUCGAACUCUCGAGCUCCGCUGUUGAAUAUUCUAGACUGUUUUUCCCUGGGAUUGUAUAACGUGCCUGGAGGAAGUCAGAUGAAAUCAACGUUCUGAUCACAACCACCAGAGAUGGAUCAACCAGACAGAGCCGAUCCGGAGAAGCCCGUCCUGCAGACGCAGCCGUCCACGCUGCCGUUCUUCGACACGGCUCACGCCUUCAACCUCCUGCGGGGAAUCCACGAACUCAGAGCUGAGAGAAAGUUUUUCGAUGUGACUCUUUGUGCCGAGGGCCGCGAGUUCCACUGUCACCGCACAGUGUUGGCCGCCGCCAGCACCUACUUCCGGGCCAUGUUUACAGGAACCCUGAGGGAGAGCGUCAUGGACCGGGUGGUUCUGCACGAGGUGUCGGCCGAGCUUCUGGGUCUGCUGGUGGACUUCUGCUACACGGGGCGGGUCACCGUCACUCAGGAUAACGUGGACCUCCUUCUCAAGACGGCCGACCUGUUUCAGUUUCCCUCGGUGAAAGAGGCCUGCUGUGCUUUCCUGGAGCAGCGGCUGGACAUUUCCAACUGCUUGGAGAUCCAGGACUUUGCGGAGGCGUUCGCCUGCAGAGAGCUGGCCACCAGCGCUCGCCGCUUUGUCCUGAAAAACAUCAUGGAGCUGGCGAAGGGGAUGGACUUUGAGCGAUUACCCUGGAAGCGCCUGCUGGAGUUCAUGUCCGAUAAUGAGCUGGGUGUGGACAAGGAGGAGACGGUUUAUCAAAUCGCAGUGCGCUGGGUGAAGGCCGAUCUGCAGCGGAGGCUCCACUACUGGCCCGAGCUCCUCCAGCAGGUCCGACUCCCGUUCGUCAGGCGGUUCUUCCUGUUGGCCCACGUGGAGAGCGACCCGCUCGUCUACCUGUCGCCCACCUGCCUCCGCAUGGUGAACGAAGCCCGCAGCUUCCAGUCCUGCGAGUACGACCGCCAUGACCGGCCCUGCCACCGCAUGCGGCCACGGCCAUCCACGGGGUUGGCAGAAAUCCUGGUAGUGGUGGGAGGCUGCGACCAGGACUGUGACGAGCUGGUCACGGUGGACUGCUACAACCCCCAGACGGGUCAGUGGCGCUACCUGGCUGAGUUCCCUGACCACCUCGGAGGGGGCUACAGUAUAGCUGCCCUGGGAAACGAUAUGUACGUGACAGGUGGCUCCGACGGCGCUCGCCUCUACGACGGCGUGUGGCGCUACAAGUCCAGCGUCAACGAGUGGACCGAGGCGGCGCCCAUGCUGAAGGCCCGCGAGUACCACAGCUCCUGUGUGGUGAAGGGUCAGCUCUACGUGGUGGCGUCGGACAGCACCGAGCGCUACGACCACGCUCUGGACUGCUGGGAGGCCUUACCCGCCAUGCUGCACCCGAUGGACAACUGCUCCACCACGUCGUGCAACGGACGCCUGUACGCCAUCGGCUGCCUGACCGGAGAGGACACCAUGGCCAUCCAGAGCUACGACCCAGAGGCCAACCGCUGGGCCAUGGUGAACUGUGGUCAGCUGCCUCCCUGGUCCUUCACACCCAAGACGCUGACCCUCAACGGCCUCAUCUACUUUGUCAGGGAUGACUCAGCGGAGGUGGAUGUUUAUAAUCCCCAAAAGAACAAGUGGGACAUGAUAAGUCCGAUGACCCAGGUGCACGUUGGAGGGAGCGUUGCAGCCCUGGGCGGUAAACUGUUUGUGUCCGGUGGCUACGACAACACGUUUGAGUUGUCCGACGUGGUGGAAGCCUUCGACCCGACCACGCGCACGUGGGCCCUCGCCGGACGACUGCCUCAGCCGACCUUCUGGCACGGCAGCGUCAGCAUCUUCCGCCAGUUCAUGCCCCAGGUGUCCAGCGCCUUCCGACCCGCCGACGCCCCCGAGACGAACCCCAUCCACCUGCACCGCCACCAGCGCCAGCAAGCGCUCCACAACCUCAACAACAAUAUCAACCAGGAUGUGAACCCGGCGCACUGAGUCUGGGCCUUGAAGCCCUCUCACGUGUUUUCAGUCCUCAUCGUGCUGUCAUUGGCUGACUGUGAAUUCACCUCAUCACAUGGUGAAGAUGUUGAAGGCUGAAGAGACGAAGGAGCAGAAUCCACCCGAGUGUGAAUGUGUCGUAGUGACAAUCAUGUCUGUGACUGGAUGAAGAACAGACAGGUGGGUUGCUUAGUCCUGUUCACAGGGAAACAGUUCUGGUUGGUUCCUGUAGAAGAAGAGGGAAGUGUCUGUAUGCUGCUCUUACAGGGAAGUGGGCGGAGCUUCUUUCCCAAAGUCAUCAUCCUUUAAAGUUUUUCUCUUGUAAAACUGAAACAUAUGGUGUGAAAACACUGCUGAAACAAUUCAUCACUUAUCGCUCAAAGUCAUCUGCAGAUUAUUUGAUGAUCAUCUUCUUUUUCAACUAUAAAAUGUUUCCUGGAGGUUCGAGCAUCUGUGUUUUACGGUGUACGACAACACCGAACAUUUGAAGACGACACCUUCGGCUCAAGGAAACAUUUUUCUCAAUUUACAGACAAAAUUGCAGAACAUCAGCAACAACAGUCGGAAAUGUUUCUUUUUUAAAUGCAUUUUUUAUUUUAAGAGAACCAUGAGACUGGUUAACUGCACCCUUCCUUCUGUGAAGAGCAGUAAAACAGAUGCUUCUCUUUAGGUUUUAUUCAGGAACUAUUAACCACACGGGGGAUGAGAACAUCUGUGAGUCAUCAGCUGAUCACUGUGGAAUUUAUUUUUCUACAAACGCAUUAAAUUGUAAUUCUAAAUCACACACAAGCACCAAAGUGAGUGUUUACAAACCUGGUGAGGCUUCAGAGUGAGGUCUGACAAAUGGCCUCAACAGUGGUCGAGUAGCAUUGUGGGUAAUGAACGUGCCAGUUCAAUCUUUAUCCUUGAAAUCAGUUCAGAGUCCGACUGUUACUUUAGUUUAUUAUUAACCGUGAUUCACCAGCAAGAAAGAAGCCAAAACAACAACAACAACAACAAUCUGUCUACAUUCCACAAACAUUCAACAAUCGAUAUUUAGCAGUAAACGGACAGAAGGCUUCAUCGGAUGUGUUGACUUGUACGAGCUGAAAUAUGGAUUGGUUGCACUUGUCUAAUAUAACCAGUGAUAAUGAGGUUGCACCCCCCCCCCCCCACACACACACACACCUUCUUUAGAACCACCAGCAGAAUGUGCAUGAAGUAUUUUCCUACAGAAUUGUAUUUAUGAUUUUUUUUUUUUAUGGAUGCAUUUGCUUAAGAACCAGAGCAGUGACACUAGUGAAGGGUCGGCGAUCUCAACUGGAAAAUCUAAAUAAUUUGUGCUCUUGUGUAAAAGAAAAAACAAAAACGUUUGCUUUAAUGGAAAUUGUAAUUUUGUGUGUUUCCAUAGAACGUAGUCGUACGCCGGCCAUUUUCCUCUGACGUCACAUUCAGGGUGAGGAAAUGCAAAUACUGUUAUGAACAGUUCAAAUUCAGCCACUUAAGAAUUGAAUCAAGCAUUUAAAAUAUAGAAUUAUAUUACAAGCUUGAUUCCUUUGCAUCUUAUUUCCCAUCCACCCCCCCACCCCAACCCAGUGUCCACCUGUAGGCUCCUACUGGGAUUAUAAAUAUUUGCUCAUCACUCCCCUUUAUAUAAAAGUAUUCUAAUCUAGCCUGACGUCAGAGGAACAUCACUGCAGUGUGACAAUGAUCUGUGCUGUUGUUGUUCAUUAUAGUUUUCAUACAGGUGUGUGUUGUUGAAUCAGUUUUGUAAAUAUAGUAUAUUCAUAUCCUUUGUGUUUCUGUAAUGUUUACAGUAUAGUUACCAUAAAUGAAACUGCAGGCAGACCUGAGAGUUUAUUUUGCUGAGUCACUUGAGUUGUGCGAUGAAUACGAAUGUUCACUUAUAGAUUACAGACUGUAGCUGUGGCAGAGUGUGAGAAGUCAAUAAAGUUUUUUUUUAAUGAUU